AUGGAAGGUGAAGAGUAUGAAGAAGUUAAGGGUAGAUCCCAUUAUGAAGUUCAUGAAGGGAUCAUCUUUGUAAUUGAGUUAACUUCAACGAUCUUUGUACCAAACCCCAAAACUGGUAAAUCAGCUUUACAAGAAAUUUUUGAAGCAUUACAAGAGUCAAUGUCACAUUCAAUUAUAACAUUACCAAAUACCGGUUAUGGGUGUUAUAUUUUCAAUAGCAAUACCACUUCAAAAGGUUGUAAGCCUGGUAUUGAAUGCUUGUUUCAAUUAACUGAUUUGAAUUAUGAAAAUAUGAAAUAUAUUCAAGAUAUUUUGGAGGAAAAUAUGGAGAGUAAAGAUGAAUCCAGACCUUAUGUACCACUUGAAGAGAGGUUUAAGGUGUUUGAUGGUGAAAGAGAUGAAAAUCCAUUAUAUGAAGUUUUGGUAACGUUACAAGAUGAAUUUCUAAUUAAAAAGGAUUUUCAAAAACAAUAUAAUAAUAAGAAGGUGUUUUUAUUUACUGAUAAUGAUAAACCUAUAAUAGAAGAAAGCAUCCAGGAGAAGAAUGUAUUGAGAAGGUUGUUUAGUGACUUGGAUGAUGCUUUUAUCAAUAUUGUUCCAUUUUUUUUGUCAUCUGAACAUAAACCUUUUAAUGAUCAAUUGUACUCGGAAUUGGUCUUGAUUAAUAAAGAUGAUGGUGAGGACUCAAUUUUUGAUGAUCCAAAUACAAGGCCUAUUGAUGCAGCAUCUAUUAAAGAUCGUGUACAAAGAAGAAAGGAAAUCAAAAGAAUUCAAUUUCAAUGCCCUUUAAUAUUCAAUGAUGACCUAACAAUUGGAUUGAAAGGUUAUUCAAUUUAUUCACAUGAACGUGUUUCCAAAACAAAAUUCAUUUAUGAAAAUCAAGAUUCUAGGAAAAAUGUUUAUUCAAGAAGAAGAUUUAUUAAUGAAAAAACUGGUGUUGAAUUUGAAAAAACUACCAAAUUGUAUAAAUUUGGUACAAGUGAGGAUUAUAUUCAAUUGAGUGAUGAGCAAAUGAACCUUGUUAAUAAAUAUGAUGAAAAAUAUGAAUCAUUUAUGAGGAUUUUAGGAUUUAAAGAUGAAUUAACUGGAUUAAAAUUUCAUUAUAAUACAUCAAAAAUCCCAUUUAUCGUUCCUGAUGAGGAUACUUUUGAAGGUUCAACAAGAACUCUAAGUGCCCUUUUCCAAAGCUUGAAGAAACUAAAUAAAGUUGCAAUAUUAUUUGGUAAAUUAAGGAAAGGUGCUCAACCUAGUAUAUUUGCAUUACAACCAACUUCCAAACCUUUCCCUCAAGGGUUUUUCUUGAUCAGAUUGCCAUUUCUAGAUGACAUAAGGAAGUUUCCAGAAGGUUAUGAUUAUCAUAAUGAACCUUCACAAGAGAUGAAAUUAGUAACUAGACAGCUUUUAAGAAGAUUGAAAUUGAAGAAUGGAUAUGAACCAAAAGAUUUCAAAAAUCCUUCUUUACAAUUACAUUUCAAAGUUCUACAUGAUUUUCUAUUGCAGAUUGAACAAGAGCAAAACCAAGAUGAGGAAAAGGUUAAAUUGGAGAAUGAUGAUACUUUGAAAAAAAUUAAUCAAGUUAGACAUCGUAUUGAACAAUCACAAUUGAAUGAUGAAAAUGAGGCCACCUCUUUAUAUGGGUUGAUUAAACGUUGGAAUUCUGUGUACAACAGAGAAUGA